AUAAAGUAUACAAUUAUGCACAAUGUAUAACAAUAUCUGUAAACAAUGUUGAAUCACAAAAUUAUAACAAUGAAUCUAGACUAAUAAUCGUCUUUCCACACAGAUUGUCUGUACUUAAACGGCAGCAGUUACCAUGGCAACAUAUCUGUGACAGCCUCAGGCAUUCCAUGUCAAUCAUGGACAGAACAAUGUCCACAUCGUCAUACCAUGAACAAAACAUAUCCAGAACUAAAUAACGCCAAGAAUUAUUGUCGAAAUCCUAAGAACUCAGGACAACGACCUUGGUGUUUUACUACAGACAGGAACAAGAGAUGGGAGUACUGUGAUAUCCCUAAAUGUAUACCAGGUAUGUGGCAAUAUUUUACUGUGAUAUCCCAAAAUGUCCCAAAAUGUAUACCAAGGUAUAUGGACAUAUGGUAAUAUUGUACUGUGAUAUCCCGAUGUGUAUGCCAGGUAUAUUGUCGUAAUAUAAAUUACUUUAGUUUGUUUUUGAACUAUCUGAAAAAUAUUUAAACACCUUGGUCGUAUGGGGGCAGCUAGAGACGCCCUAGUUUACCUUUGAGCUGCGGCCUUCGCAAUUACAUAUCAAAUAAAAUAACUAGGAACUUUUAGAAAAACUAAGUCACUCCAAAUAGUGUUACUUUUAGUUUAAAUAGAAAAUUUUCACCAGGCUGUUUUAAAUUAAAGUGCAUCAACAAAAGCUCAAUGUUUUUCUUUUUUGCAAGUUGAUGGUAGUUACAGCAACUGGUCAUUAAACAGUACGUGCAAUGUAACUUGUGGUGAAGGUUCUGCAAGAUGGACACGAGAAUGUAACAAUCCUAAACCAAAGUAUGGUGGAAGAAACUGUAGUGAUUUAGGAGAACCUGUUGAGUACAGACCAUGUUCAGCAAAGCUGUGUCCUGGUAAGUCAAUUGCUUUUUAAUAAAAAAGAAUUCUCAGCACAAAGCGACCUUUAAUUUUCCUGAGUAUUUUUUUUAUUGACUUUAGUUAACGGUGCUUACAGCAACUGGACUUUGAAUGCUCCAUGCAGUGUUUCAUGUGGUGAUGGAGUGGAAAUAUGGCGACGAUUUUGUAAUAAUCCUAAACCAAAAUACGGCGGACAUACCUGCAGUGGACUUGGAAACUCAUCUGAGUUUAGACACUGUAGCAGAACCCCAUGUCCAAGUAAGGCUAAAGCGUUAACUAAAUUAAAAUUACUAAACUAGUUUUCUACAAACUUACCAUUUUAUACUGGACUUACUAUCAGUUCAAAAAUGUCUUCUCCAUAGACAAAAUUGGAGUUCCCACUGCGCAUCCAAAUGACGGAUUCUUCGCUAAAAACAAAUUGAAGUUGAACUAUAAGAUGUUUCUGAGACUGGAAGAAUAUGCAUAUCAAAAUAUUCAACUCUCCAAUCAUCAUUUGAAUAUGCAAAAGUUGCAAAAUGAUCAAUUAGUUUCCGCACGGUUGAUAUAUUAUAUAUUCUCUUAGCUUUAUAGUUUGCUCAAAACAGCAGACAAACUAUGCCUCUACAAAAUUAUUUAAUUUUCAAUUAUUGUGGCUAUACACACAAAUAAUGAUGUAACAGCUCAAUACUUUGAUAUGCAUGUUCCAAUUCUUCAGCUACAUGUCAUGAUUCAACUGCAAUUUGUUUCUGAAUGCUUCAUUUGGAUGCGCACUCGAACCUCAGAUUUCGUCUUUAGCAUGUAAGAACCAUCCCAUAUUCUUGCUCGACACUGGCCUUAGUAACUUAUAAUAAAAUAUAUCAAUGCUCAAAAUACGUAAAGUAACCACCACAUAAAGUAGGUAUCCAAAUUAUAACUACCGUUCGUGGCUGUAGACAUUAAAUUUAUUACAAUAUAUACAGCUUAAUUCUGUAGCCUACGAUACUUUCAUUGUUAAAAGUUAUUGCUACAGCUAUGUUACACGGUUAUGGAGAUAUCAUUCAAAGUCUUUCUGAAAUUGUUGGUGCCCCACCCCCUAUAUGGUAUAUAAAUUUUUUUGCCCAUGGACGAACUGUUGUAAGCGAUGGUAAAUUAAACAUUGCUUAUUAUUUCUAUGCUGGAAAUCUUAAUUUUACUUCCCUUGAAUUAACGAAACAUUGCAAGGUUCAUAUCACAUGUUUAUCAUGUAAUCUCUGCACCUAACAGAUUCAAAGCUGAGUUUUACUUCAUAAAGCUCUGACUACUAAACAAUUAGGGAAAUUAAAUCCAAUCAGAGCUAGUCAAUCACCAAAAUUGUCAACACUAUUAUCGCAACAAAACUGAGCAAUCGAUAAAUAAAAUUUCCAUUCCAGUAAACAAAGAUGUUUCAAAAAAUUCAGUCCACUUCGACUCUCAGUUGAUUGGUAUUACCGUUGUUGGUGCUGUUUUUGUGAUCAUCGUAACACUGGCAUGUUUUACUUUCAUUCGACGACGUCGAAAAGCAGGUGGGGUCAAAUUCUAAUUUAUUAUACUUAAUUCUGUUUGUGGAAACACCACGUAACUUUAUUACUGCAAUUAAGUUCUAAUUUGUUCCAAUUUAAAGAUAAAUUGUUCUAACCAGUCAUUAGGACAAAAAUAUUAGAGAGUACAUUAUUUAGUAUCAGUCUUCUUCAAUAGGCAGUUAGAAAAGUGUUGGAGGGGGAGGUCACCGUCAGGGGCGUGGGGAUCAGCUUGCACCAAUUUUCUUUCGGCAGCUGUCUGUUUGUGCCAGUUGUUUCUUGCUGAAGUUUAAAGGUAUUUUUUUGCUGUUUUUCUUUGCGCGAAUAUUAAUAGCUGAUAGCAAAAAUUUUGCUAAAUUUACGAAAAUUGGCGAAAAAAGUUAACAAAUUAAGAUACAUUAAGAAUGGAAAAGUUUGUGAAAAAUGGUAUGUCCGGACUAAUAUUCGACCCCUCCCCCCGCCCCCCCCGCCAACAAUUUUGGGAAAAAAUAAGCGACUGAAAUGUUGUUGGCAAAUGCGAUACCACGCCCCCCUCCCCGCCCUUCUUUAGCCGCUACGGUCCUGGGUGCACGGCAAAGUCGUCUCGAUAUAAAGCCCUAGCACAUUAUAGACGUGUUAAAGUUUAUCGAAUUUCCACACUAUAUGUUCAUCAUUGUUGACUGGACUGAAUAUGUUUGGUAUAAAUUUUAAUAUUUCUGGUCAGUUAUUUUGUGACAUUGCGAACAGGAACGAUGAAAUCAACGUCAACUGAAAUUACUCAAUCUCAUACCCAGAGCCAUCAGUUGAGUGGUUCUGGCCACACCAACCUUGUAACUAGAUUGAAAACUACUGAUCUACAUGUUGAAAUUCGAAUUGUCUAGGCUUUCAUCAGUACGCCAGUUUGGGAUUUUUACCGCAACGUUUCCGCGGUCCUCGACAGCUGGAAGGCGACAAUACUUCAGGAGAAGUCGCAAGUUCAUCACAAGAGACUGACACUACUGCUGAAUAUGAAAACCUGACAAGUGAAGGGGAGCCAGCUCCAGGUCUCUCAAACAAGUUGGGCAACCUACCACAAGGUGAUGCGACCGGAAGUGGAGUGGAGAGUAGGAAUAAUACUAAUAGUACAAUGGAAAGACCCGCAGAAGUUACAUUGCCCAUUGAAAGUGAGAAUGCGUCGACGACAAAAGAUGUUUGAUCUAUCAGACUAUCGAAGUAUAGAACCUUGGUCGAUCUCUUCAUAGAAACUUACUUUCUCUUUGCAAUAAUUCAGUUUAAGUAUAUUGUUGCGUAGAUUACCCAGCCCCCUUAAUGGGCGAUUAUUUUUCCACGUAGUUAGAAAUUUGGAGGCAGCGCUCCAGGUUUUUUUAGUUUAGUGGUUUGAUAUAAAGAUCUGUAUUUGAAGCGCAUCGACGCAAAUCCGUGUUUGUACGAAUUUACGUAUUUUUAAAUAAAUUACAAUUGCCAUUUGCUUGUGAUGAAUAGCCUA